AAAAUCGGAAUCUUGCUCAACAACACCAGUCUUUUGGCUCCAUCAUCAGGUGCUGUGACAGCUGCCAAAAUGAAGAUCAAAAAUUCUGAUAACACAAUCUCUAUGCUAGAUCCUUCUCUGCUGCUUCGGCCAGAGAAGGUCUACGAUGGCAAGCCCUUAGAGGCUUUCCGUGACUAUUCAAUGGACGACAAGGAUCCUAUCAAGGAACGUGUGCGUAGGACGUACUACGAAAUGCAUUCGAACAUGACAGUCGACUUUGUUAAAGGUAAAAUGGAAAAAUGGCUUCAAUACAACCACUUCAAGUCAACUGUGAAGGAUGCUCUAAUCAAGUUGAACGAGCUGGUGGAUGAGUCCGAUCCUGACACCGACCUGCCCAACAUCGUACAUGCCUUCCAGACUGCUGAGAGGAUCCGUCAGGACCAUCCAGAUGAUGACUGGUUCCAACUCAUUGGAUUGAUACAUGACCUUGGGAAGGUGAUGGCCUUCUACGGCGAGCCGCAAUGGUGUGUCGUUGGCGACACGUUCCCCGUGGGCUGCAAAUGGGGCAAGAGCAUUGUGUACGGUGAUGACAGCUUUAAGGCUAAUCCUGAUACUUACAACGAAAAAUACAAUACAACGUAUGGUAUGUACAAACCAAAUUGCGGCAUUGAAAAUUUGAUGAUGUCAUGGGGCCACGACGAGUACCUAUACCGAGUGCUCAAACACAAUAACGCCAAGUUUCCUGAAGAAGGUCUUUGGAUGAUCAGAUAUCAUUCUUUCUAUCCGUGGCACGCUGGCGGGGAUUACACACAAUUCUUAACAAAAAAAGACGAAAAAAUCAAACAAACUGUACUUAAAUUUAACCAAUACGACUUAUACACAAAGAGUGCAGCAAUACCUGACAUCGAAUCUUUAUGGCCAUAUUAUGAGAAGCUCAUCGAAAAAUACAUCCCCGGAGAACUUGAAUGGUGAAAUAUCCAUGAUCAGUAUAAAGGUGGACACGAGCGAGAGGCUUUAAACCACAUGUAUUUUUUUUUUAAAACCACAUGUAUACGACAACUAUUUUUAAUCUGUAUACGAAACAUCCAGGGGUGAGCAACCUUUUUAAUCAAUGGGCCAACUUAAAUUUUAAUUUUUUAUUUUUUUUACUCUUAUUAAAAAUUUACGAAACUUUAUUUAUAAUAAAUAUUAGAAUAAAAAAAAAAUAAAAAAAAGUAAAGAUUUCAUAUACAAAUUUUAAUGCAAGAUAAAAACAAACAAGAAAAGAACAGAAAAACGAAUUUAUUUGAAGUUUUUAAUGAGAAAUUUGGCACUGUUUUGCCGCUAAAAAACGGCACGGGCCGCGUGUUACUUAUCCUGUUAAUCACAAGUAGUUUAAGUUUAGUUAUAAAAUUACUUUGUGCUUAAACUACUUCUAUUUGACUGAUAUUCGGUACAUAAUUUAAUGUCUCUCGCUUAUAUCCAAUCUGUAUAUAUGCGUCGUACGUCUAACUUAUUGUACAUACAUUUUUAAUAAGGAUUUAAUUAUGAAUAU